AUGGCGCCCCAUGGCGCUAUACACCAUCCAGCCAAGUUUAAAGGGGGGCGCUAUAGGUUGUCCGUCACCAUGCUAACGAGCCAAAUUGAAAGGAUCGAGGUGAAUGUUGGUCAACUAUCCGUUGAUCAACGUAAUUCAUGGGAAAGACGAAAACUAUUCAUUCUUUUUUUCAAAAGAAAGGAUGAUGAACAAGAGAGUAAACGUCAGAAAGUUUCAACUAGUGAGCCUGAAGAGCACGAAGCGCCACCACCACCACAAUCAAACACAAUUACAAAUGAAGUUCCACCACCACAAGCAAACUCAAACGAAGCUCCACAACCACAAUCAGACACUAAUGAAGUGGAUGUUAAUCUUUUAGAAAGAGAUCCCGGUAAACGAAAACCAAUGUGGGAGCAUCCGGUUAAUUUAAGAGAACAAGUAAGAUAUGCUUAUCUUUCUUUUGGACCUUACCAAAUAGAACUUAUAGAAUAUAAAGUUAAUGGUACAAAGAAGCAAGCUCGUAGGUUCCGAUAUCCUUGGUUCAAACUUUACCCUAACUGGUUAGAGUAUUCUCCAACAACACAUUCGGCUUAUUGCUUUCUAUGUUAUCUUUUUUGUGAUAAACGAAAUAUGAGCCAUGGUCAUGAUACAUUUACAGUUAAAAGUUCUAAAAAUCGAGGUAAUCUUCUGGAAUUGCUAACACUUCUUGCUUCUUAUAAUGAUGAAGUUUCAAAGGUUAUAUUAGAGAAUGCUCCUUAUAAUGCAAAGUAUACUUCUGGAGAUAUUCAAAAAGAAAUUCUUAGUAUUAUUGCAAAUAAAAUUCGAAAGCAUAUUCGUAGUGAAGUGGGGGAUUCGGUCUUUUGUGUCAUGGUUGAUGAGUCACGAGAUGAGUCAAAGAAAGAGCAAAUGGCCAUAGUUGUGAGAUUUGUUGAUGAAGAAGGGAUGAUACAAGAAAGGUUCUUAGAUUUGGUUCAUGUUAGGGAUACUUUAUCAGUAACUCUAAAAACAAGUUUGUGGAAACAACUUUUGCAUUAUCAGUUUGAUGUUAGUAAAAUUCGUGGGCAAGGUUAUGACAUUGCUAGCAAUAUGAGAGGGAAAUGGAACGGAUUACAAGCACUUGUUCUUGAAGAAUGUCCUUAUGCGUAUUACGUUCAUUACUUUGCUCACAGGUUACAACUUGCCUUGGUUUGUGCUUCAAGGGAAGUUAUUCCAGUACACCAAUUCUUUACAUACUUAGUUGACAUAGUUAAUGUGGUUUGUGCUUCUAGUAAGCGACAUGAUGAAUUACAAAAUGCAAAGGCAAGCGAGGUUGAAAAGUUAUUGGAACUGGGUGAAAUCAAUUCAGGGAAAGGAAAGAAUCAACUUGGGACAUUAAGAAGAGCUGGUGAUACUCGUUGGGGGUCUCACUAUAACUCCGUUUGUAGUUUGAUUAAGAUGUUUGAUGCCACUCGUGUUGUUCUCGCAGGGAUAAUCGAUGACGUAGCUCAUACUACUUUUGCUCAACGUGGAGAUGCUGAAGGAGCUUGGCGUAACAUGCAAUCAUUUGAGUUUGUCUUUAUUCUUCACUUGAUAGAGAAAGUAAUGGGAAAAACCGAAAUACUUUCUCAAGCAUUACAAAGGAAAUCCCAAGAUAUUCUGAAUGCCAUGGAAUUAGUUUUGGCAAUAAAGAUUACUCUAAAUAAUUACAGAAACGAUGGAUGGGAUUCUUUAAUUAAAGAAGUUACUUUGUUUUGUAACAAACAUCCAAUAGAAGUUCUGGAUAUGAAUGCUCCAUUUACAUCUACUCGGUAUCGGGCUCGUAAAAACGAUCUUCAAUUUACAUUUGAACAUUAUUACCGAGUAGAUCUGUUUACAUCUACAUUGGAUAAACAGAUACAUGAGUUAAAUAGUAGAUUCAAUGAGCGCACGAUUGAGUUGUUAUCUCUUAGUUCUAGUCUAGUUUCAAAAGUGAUUAACAUUGAUCAGAUUUGUCUUCUAGUUGAGAAGUUUUAUCCUGAAGAUUUUACGGACCAAGAGAGGACUGGGUUACGAUGUCAGUUAGAGCUUUUUAAUGUUGAAUUGUCAAAGAAUAUCAGGCUAAGUAGUGUAUCAACUCUUUCUGAUCUAUGCAAAACUCUUGUGAAAACUAACAAACGAGAGGAGUACACUUUGGUUGAUAGAGUGGUUCGGCUAAUCUUGACACUUCCAGUUUCAACUGCAACAAUAGAGCGGGGAUUUUCAGCAAUAAAAAUAUUCAAGAAUCGUCUUCACAAUAAAAUGGCAGAUGAAUAUCUCACAAAUAGCUUGGUGAUUUACAUAGAAAAAGAUAUUGCUGAUAAGUUUGAUUCAGAAGACAUACAUAAUUGA